AUGAAUAUAGUGAAUAAGGUGGUGGCGGAGGCUGCUAAGGCACUUGCUGCGGUAAAAAUCGACAACAAGUCUCAAGACUCCCCCGUUGAUGAAGUUGCCGAGGUGAUGCGCCUCUUCCCACAAAACAUUGUCCUCCUUCGACAAACGGAUGAAGUCCGCGAGAUGCAAACGGUUCUCAGAGAUAGGAAUACCUCGAGAAAUGACUUCGUCUUCUACGCGAAUCGCCUCAUUCGCCUAGUCAUGGAGGAAGGUCUGAAUCAGCUACCCUUUGAAGAGGUCUCUGUGGUAACGCCUACAGGUCACAAGUACAACGGGUUGAAGUUUCUUAAAGGCAACUGCGGUGUUUCGAUCGUUCGCAGCGGCGAGGCCAUGGAGAGGGGCCUGCGCGACUGCUGUCGGGCGAUGCGAAUCGGCAAAAUCCUGAUUGCCAUGACUGAUGAGUUGGGCGGCAACACCGAACCCAAGGUUGUCUACGCCAAGCUGCCACCAGACAUUGAAUCGCGCAAAGUCCUUCUCAUGUACCCUAGUCUUAGGACUGGGAAUACGGUGCUGGCAGCGAUGGAUCUGCUUCAGAGUUACAAUGUGUCCCCCGAAAACGUUAUCCUGCACACUCUCUUCGCCUCACCUUCAGGCCUGAAGAACGUCCUAACCAAGAAUCCUGCUCUCACAAUCGUCACUUCCGAGGUUUACCCCGUCGUCCCCGGUCAUUUCGAUCAGCGCUACUUCGGGACGGUUUAG